GCAAAUGCCCUUUAAAACCAUGACAGCAAAAGGGCACAUGAGAGUUAUAAUAAUGGAUCUGCACAGAGACAAUGCUGCAGUUUCAUGAGCCUUUCAAAUUCCAGACUGUAGCCUUUUGAAAUGAAGUAUGUCCAGGAAAGUCACCUGAAAUGGUAUUCCUUUCUCUGGUAGAAAAUGACAAAUUACACAGUAGUAUAAAAGUGCAGACAUAGUCUAGCUUCCCAGAUGAAUAGAGGGGAUUAUUUGGGGCUUGCUGGAAUUUCCAAGGUAAGUGAUUUGAAAUCAACAAAGUUAUAAACUGUGUUGAUAGUAUUGCUAAUAAAAAUAACUGGACACAAGGUUUAGCACCAUGAAAUCUAAAAUGUUUCAUUUUCAAAUUAAAGAUGAGCCUCAGCUGCAAAAUUCAGCUCUGGGUAAAAAACAUCUUCACCGUGAGAUUGUUUUCCAUUCCAUCUAGGUUUUCAUACUGAACCUAUCAUCCUGGUAGAAGAAUCCAGGGCCAGAUCCUCAACUGGUGUAAAUCACCAUAACUCCACUGAGGUCAAUGGGGUGAUACUGAUGUACACUAGCUGAGGAAUUGAUUCUAGGGGCUGGGCUUACCCCAUUAGAGACAUAAAGAGAUGCUGAAAGGGAAGCGAGUGAUUGUCACUGGAGCAAGCACUGGAAUUGGAGAGCAAAUGGCUUAUCACCUGGCCCGGAUGGGAGCCCAUGUUCUGAUCACAGCACGGACAGAAGCCAAACUUCAGAAAGUUGUCACACGGUGCCUAGAGCUGGGCGCAGCAUCUGCUCACUUUAUCAAUGGCAGCAUGGAAGACAUGGCACUUGCAGAAGACGUGGUAAAGGAGGCCAAACAAUUGUGGGGAGGCCUAGACAUGCUGAUCCUCAAUCAUAUCGGUUACACCUACUUUAACUACUUCGAUGGAGACGUUGAGCAUAUACGAAAACUCCUGGAGAUUAACUUUCUCAGCUAUGUGGCUAUGACAGUCUCUGCACUGCCGAUGCUGAAGGAGAGUGGGGGCAGCAUCCUAGUGGUUUCAUCUACAGCAGGUAAAAUUGGAAUUCCAUUUGUUGCUCCCUACUCUGCAACUAAGUUUGCCCUGGAUGGAUUUUUCAGUUCCUUGAGACAGGAAUUAAUAAUCGAGAAUAUCAGUGUUUCCAUCACGCUCUGCAUCUUGGGCCACAUUGCUACUGAAACUGCUGAGAAAACUGUUUCCCAUGUGAUGCAGAAACCAGGUGCUCCGAAGGAAGUGUGUGCACUGGAGAUUAUCAAGAGCGGAGCACUGCGGAAACGGGAACUCUACUAUCCAUACACCGCUGUGAGAAUCCCCCUCUUAAUACGAGACUGGGCUCCCGAAUUUUUGGACUCACUCACAAGAAAUAGUUUAAAUGUGGAAAAUGUCAAAAGAAGUUAGCUUGUCACAUGCAGCAGGGCCUAACUAGAAAACAAACCUAAUGGCACGAACUUCAGCUAAAUGGGGACAUUUUAUUUUCAGUCUAAAUAUUUUGGGUGCUAUUUGCAAAAGCAUCUAAGGGACUUAGUAGCAACAAAUCCGAUUGGCUUUCAAUGAGAUUUGUACAUCGAAGUCACUCACGUGCUUCUGAAAAUCCCACCUUUUUUUUUAUAUUUUCUCUCUGGAGAUGAGAAGAGGGGGCAACAUGAGGCCUCUGCAAAGCAGCAAAUUCUCCGCCAUUUGCAGAACAGCAUUAGCAAUGUCUGGGUUCAUGUUUGCGGGGAUGGGGUGUGGGCAUCACUCACUUUCAACCAGGACAGCAACUCUCAGACCUCCCAAUGCUGCAAACAGCCCACACUGGUUUCAGCAGCAUACCUCCCAUUUGCUCUACCGCACAAAGUUGCUUAGUAAGAAAUCUGCUUUUUUAAUUGUCCUUGAAAAACCUAAGAGGAUCUCAUUCUCCUCUCACUGUGCCCUAACUGAGUCAGCAUCAGGUCCCCCAGCAUUCCUUCAUGCUAAACACUAAUUGUUGUUGUUAGUAAUAUUUAUCUGUAUUGCAAUAAUGCCUGGAAGCCCAAGCAGGGGUUGGGGCCUAUUUUUGCACUGGACACACACAUGAUAAAAAAAAAGACUUCCUGUCCCAACAAGCUUACAGUCUGUAAUUCACAUUAGCAAGAUUGUAUGUGUAUAGAGGCCAAUUGUGCAUUCCAUGAACACCCAUCAAGCCAGACUUCAAAUUCCCACCAAAUUCAGCAGUACUCGGGACAGAACCUUUAAAGUUUAGGGAUCACAUCGUUCAGCUCUGAAGUGCAGGUGCCUCUGUGGUUGAAAACAGCUGCAUUUCAGGGGCAGGGGAAAUGUCCUAAACUCUGUGAAAUUAGAGGUGGAAAAUCUAUAGCAGCACCAAGAAUGUAUAGCCUAAAGAGGCUGCAACCUCAUUUUGAAGUUCUAAUUGAAAUAUACAUCAGGAAAGUGUAAUACGAGCUAUAAAACUAUUCUCGCUGCUGGGCAAAGCACAGUGAAUUUAUGCUUGUUAAAAAUUAAGUGCAGUAGGAUAGAAACUCAUCUGGAGUCUCAUAAAUCAUCAAAAUUAAUAAUGUAUAAAGCAUAAUGGAGUAAAAGAAGAUGAGAAUA